AUGGUCAACAAUAUAGGAGUUAAAUUCAAAUCAAUCCCACACCAAUAUCCAGUAAUUGGUGAACAUAUCGAAGUUGUACAUAAUAAGAUCAAUAUUGAUUCUUAUCCUCUAAAGCAAGAUGAACUAUUAGUAAAAAAUCUCUAUAUAUCAUUAGAUCCUUAUAUGCGUGGCAGGAUGAGAUCACCUGAAAUAAAGUCUUAUAUUCAUGCAUUUACUGUUGGCGAAAUUUUGGAGGCUGGUGGUAUUAGUGAAGUGAUUAAGAGUAAUAAUCCAAAAUAUAAAGUUGGUGAUUUAUAUUCUGGAAUGGUUGGAUGGGAAGAAUAUUCCGUGAUCACGGCAAAAAAUGCAAAUCAAAAUGCAAUGUUUACUGAAGGUUUAAAUGCUGCCAAAAGUUCGAAUAUUCCGCUUAGCUAUUUUUUAGGUAUAUUGGGUAUGCCUGGUAUGACAGCUUAUACUGGAUUAUUUAAAAUCGGGCAACCAAAAAAAGACGAAACGAUUUUUGUUUCAACGGCAGCGGGUGCAGUAGGUCAAGUUGUUUGUCAAAUCUCUAAAAUGUUGGGUUUAUGUGUUAUUGUUGAUUUUCUUUUAAAUGAAAUGAAACUGGACGGUGCCUUCAACUAUAAAAAAUAUGAUCUCAAAAAGAAAUUGGAUGAACUGUGUCCAAACGGGAUAGAUAUUUAUUGGGAUAAUGUUGGUGGAGAAACAUUGGAUGUAACACUUCUCCAAUUAAAUAAACAUGCAAGGGUGAUUUCUUGUGGAAUGAUAUCACAAUACAAUGUUGAAGAACCAUAUAGCAUUAAAAAUAUUAUGUGUGUUCUUACAAAAAGCCUUCUUAUUCAAGGCUUUAUUGUAUUUGAUUAUUAUGAUGAAAUGUAUGAAAAGUUUCUAAAAGAAAUGAAUGAAUGGUUGAAAUCUUCCAAAUUGAAGUAUAAAGAAGAUGUUGUUGAAGGAAUUGAAAAGGCGCCUGAAGCUUUUUUGGGACUGUUGAAUGGUAAAAAUUUUGGUAAACUGGUUGUUAAAGUUGAUAAAAAUACAAAAUUGUGA